CUAUCUUCUUCGUCGUUGUCUUCUUCGUCUUCGUCCUCGUCCUUGUCUUUGUCCUGGUCGUCAGUCGUCAGAUAGGAAGGGAAGCACAACACAACAACAGCUUCCCUCCACCUCUGUGUUCCCACAUAACCAUACGCUUGUACCCCUUUAACUCUCAACUCCACCCUUCUUUUCUCAUCCUCUCUUCCCGCUCAUUGAGAUCUUUUAAACUCAUUCAGCACAUUCCCUCACACCUUACACCAUACUUCACACUCCACACUUCCCACCUCGACCACAGCUACAGCGUCUUUUCGAACGGCAGGACAAGCUACCCUCAACCUCAACCCUUAUCUUCUCAUAACCAUUUCCCUCUCUUUCCCCCAGCUUCCUCUUCAGCCCAACGAGUAGCAUCAUGGGCAAGCAGCUGCUGAAGGUUGUCCUUGUCGGCGAUGGAGGAGUAGGCAAGACAUCCCUACGUAAUCAAUUCAUCCACAAGAGAUUUACGAACGCAUACAAGGCGACGAUCGGAGCGGAUUUUAUCACAAAGGAGAUCGAGCUCGAAGACGGCAAGCGGGUCUCGCUUCAGAUCUGGGAUACUGCAGGUCAGGAGCGAUUCCAAUCACUCGGCAUUGCAUUCUAUCGAGGCGCGGACGCGUGCAUACUCUGCUACGAUGUAACGAACUAUCUGACUUUUGAACACCUGGCCAAGUGGCAACGGGAGUUUUUGAGCCAGGCAGGGAUUGGCGACAGUAAUCCGGAUUUCCCCUUUGUGCUGCUCGGCAACAAGAUCGAUAUUGACGAGCGGGUGGUGUCGAGACGACAGGCACGAGGAUUUGCACAGGAACACAGCACGGUGACAGGAUCGAAGGUGGAAAUGCCCUGCUUUGAGGCCUCAGCCAAGGAUGGGAUCCAUGUUGAGGACGCGUUCUUGUAUAUUGCAAAGACAGUGAGGAUACCGCAGAUGGAGCUGGAUAUGGUUGGAGGAGGUGGUGGUGGAGGAUCGACGAGAUUGGAUUGGGAUGCAGAAUCGGAUGCCCGGAAAAAAUCGAGGGGGUGCUGUUAAAAGGGCACACUGUUGACGGUCCAUCCCUCCUCUCCUCUUUCGUUUGUUCAUUCCUUCUUAUUUCGUUUUAUAUGUGUGUAGCAAACCUUUGUAAUUUUAUAUACGCCUCCAUGCUCGCAUUAGUAGUCUAGCCCUUUCGGCCCUUCUCUUCCUCCAACCUUUUUGUCCCACUUCCUCUUUUUGGUCCAUUGAAGCCGAAAUGAAUGACAUGUAGCACAGCGUUUUCUUCAGCCUUAAUACAACGACAAUAUAUACACAA